UUUGUUAAUAUUUAUUUGUAAUAAUUAAGCAACCAACAAAGUGCAUCGCUGGUUUGAAACUUCGAAAUUUAAUAUUCAAUAUAAUAAAUGCUAUGCACCAAUUAUGGGUAAUCUAUUUGUUUACGUUUGCCGGCGUAUUCAGUUCAGCAGCGAGUAUAGUAAAUAAUAAUGUCUCCAUAUUAAAACCUAAUUCGAUAUUUGACUACCAACCACGAUUACAGCGCAAUAGAUUUUUUGAAACUGAUCUGCAUACUUAUUGCUAUAAUGCUACGUAUAGGGAUAUAAUAAAGUUUUUCCAAAGCUUGGAACUGCAUUUGGAAAUAGAAGGAGGUGAUUAUACACAAUAUGAAGGAACAACGCCAGAAGAAGUGAUGCAGAACUAUAAAGAUAAAUUAUCGUUGUGGAACUUUAACAUAUUUAUGCAAAAACGCACAAAAUUAUCUUUAUCGCCCUUUGAACCGAAAUGUAUAGGUAUUGUAUCCCGGAAACCCUAUCGUUUGAGAUUGGUCCUAAAAUGGGUGGAUAUUUCAAGGGUAUUGCUAUUGCUUUCCGGCGCUUUUAUGUUUUGGUACGCCAGAAAAUUAAGUGAAAAUCCUUUAUUUUAUUAUAUUACUGGCAUCAUACUGGGGAUAAGCUUAUCUUUUAUGAUAAUUAUUUGGUUAUCGAGUAAAUUCUUUCAAAGACGAACUCUGAUUCUAAUUGGCGGUUGGAGUAUUGGCGUUUAUAUAUUACAAAAAAUUUUGGAAAAUUUGCAAGUCAUUGUUGUUACUUACCAUAUUUAUGUGUUUUGGUAUAUUAUUACAACAGGUGUAAUAGCAUUCCUCUUUUCUUACCAUAUGGGUCCACCAAAAAAUCAGCGUUCUAAAGAUAUUAUGAGAUUGCUUAUGCAGUUGGUGUCAUUCGUUUUAAUAUACUUUUCGAGUCAUUUGAAGGAGGCAUCUGUAGGUGCCUGUAUCAUAGUAGUUAUACUAAACUUCUGCUAAUGUACGCUAUUUUUCGCUCAAAACUCGUCUGCUUAGUAGCGAGGAGUUUUAUGAACAAGGAGUUCAAGAAAAAUCGAAAACAUUAGAAGAGUCUCGCAUUUUUGCCAGUAGUCCACAAAAUCUCUGCAAUAGCAGGUUAUUGCUAAGUUAAAGGAUCCUCUACGCUUCGCUAGUUUUAUAAAAGGUUCGUCGCAUUUGAGUAAUGAUGAAAUACUUUUCUUUGAAGAAUUUAGGCAAAAUGUGGAUAGUAAAGAAAGUUCUUCAAACACCAAACAGCACCAAACAGAAAUCAUAACCAUGAAAUACUUACUGAUGAGGAUGAUAUAUCUGAAGACGAUAAGUAAAACAUGCAAUAAAU